AUGAUAUCUCUACUUUUUCCAAUUUUCCUUUCCUCACUUAUCACCUUAUCGACAUCUGCGCCAACAAACACCAGUUCCAACCACAAACCACCAUCUCAAUUGCAACACUUCGAAAUCAAUCAUCCUGAUGGAAUCAAUGCAAUUUUUGAUCUUCUUCCAAAGGUCUGCAAAAAGAACGGCAAAACCUACAAAGUCGGCGACGAAUUCGACGUUGGAAAUCUCCGCUACACAUGUCAAGAAUUCGGUGUUUAUGUGAUCGCCGGCUGUCGGACCCAUACAGGGAAACCAUUAAAAUUAGGAGAUAUCGAAGUGAUCGAUCAUGUCAAAUUCCAUUGUUUGGCUCAUGGAACAUCGGUUUAUUAUCGGGAGACAGCGUGUGGUCAGAAGGGAGAAGUCAACUGUGAUAAGGUCCCAUUGCCACGUGGCUAUGAGCAAGCGGUGAAGAAUGAGCCAAUCGAAACUACCGAAGCGCCACCUGCACAUUUAACUCAUGUCAAUGGGAAGGAACUGCCCAAAGGAUGGGUUCUAAUCCACGGAGGAACUAAAGACGCCGAAAAUUCAAAUCACACUCUAUCCACGCAUAUUUUGAUGUACCACCCACAACUUCAUCAAUCUGCUAAACAUGCUUAA